GGUUUGAGUGUCUCACAGCUAAAUCCUCUUACACAGACAUUGUCUGAAAGCUUUACAGGAUGUGGAAAGCAGUAGUUCUGGUUCCCUUACUGGUCCUGGGAUUGACCUGGGCCUCUGAGAUUGACAAGGUUUCUACAGAACCUAUUUUUGAACCACAGGAGAACUUUGACCUUAAAAGGUUCCUGGGAACAUGGUACGAUAUUGCCAUGGCCAGUAACUGCCCCCACUUAAAACAUCACAUCGGAAAAGCGGCCAUUGGCAAACUGGUGCUGGAGACCGGAAGCAGCGACAAUGUUCUCAACAUGACCAAAACUAUGCUCAGGCAUGGAGAAUGUAAGGAAGUCACUGCAGAGUACUACACAACCUCCACACCUGGGGUAUUCUUCUACCGUUGCAACUUGUGCCAAGCUGAUGUGGAUGCCUAUGUGGUUCACACAAACUAUGACGAGUAUGCAAUUGUAGUAAUGAGGAUGAAGAGGUCAGCAGAGGUGAAGAGGACUGGAAUUAAGUUGUACAGUCGAAAGAUGGAAGUGAGAGACUCUGUGCUGGAAGACUUCAAAACUUUGGCCAAAGAACAGGGAAUAGAUGACAAAGGCAUUUACAUCAAAAAGAACCAAGGAGAGUGUGUUCCUGGAGAACCAGUGGUAGAGCCUGAACCAGAACCUGAGCCUGAGCCUCAGAGGAAUAGGAGACAAGUCCCGACACUCUUAUCUGCCGAUGAGGAAGGAUCUGGCGACAACAUACCUUUUUUCAAUGGAACUGAGGCCUGUGCUGCAGCUCCUGAAACUGGACCAUGUUUUGGAUUCCUCUCGCGUUUCUACUACAAUUCCUCCUCCAUGAGCUGUCAGACCUUCAUAUACGGAGGCUGUUUGGGAAACCAGAACAACUUUGAGAACGAGAGGGAAUGUCUGCAGAGAUGCCGGACCGAGGCCGUGUGUCGUCUGCCCAUGGUACCGCAGCCCUGCACUGGUCAGCCACCCAUCUGGGCCUUUGACUUCACGGCCGGUCUGUGUGUUCAAUACAAAACCGGCUUUUGUCAGGCCAACGCUAACAAGUUCUACAGCAAGGCCGAGUGUGAGGAGUACUGUGGCGUCGUCCAAGACGAUGACCUCCUGAGGACAAACUGAGUGAUGUGAUAAAUCUUCUCUACAACUGAAGAAUAAUGUCAGUGCGCAUGAAGUACAAAAGGUUUAAUAAACUGAACCUCUGAUCUGUUGGUUUUACUGUU